CUCUCUGAAAUGUAACGGAGUAGAAGUAGGACGUGGCACGAAAAGAAAAGACCCAAGCAAAGUACAAGUACCUCAAAUGUGUACGUAAGUACACUACUUGAGUAAAUGUACUUAGUUCCAUUCCAGCACUGAUUCUGUAUGGGAGCCCUGCGUGACUCUCUGAGCGCUCAGGUUUAGCUUUCGUUUCUGCCUCUCUCCGGGAGAUCCAGUCUGGAGACAGAUGCGCGCUGAACGUUGACGGAUAUAGGCAACGUGUUUGGUGCUAGGUGUUGACUGCUGUCGUGUUUCUGCACUGCAGUUCCCCAGAACUCCCCUGUCAAUCAAACAGUGAGCCACACAGCUUUGUGACGUUGCCGUUGGCUUAUUCUGGUAACAUCCUAACACGCAUAUAAGCAGAUCUCCAUCAAAAGGUUGUUGUCAGCAUGCAGAGGAGUGUCCAGCUGGGCCUGCUGCUUCUGGUGGUCCAGCUGUUCCAAGAGGGUCUGGGAAACAUCCCAGCAGUCACCCUGGCGGUCCUGGGGUUCAACGUGUAUCUUUACAUGUUCCCUGCUGCUCCACCGAUAAAGGCCUGUGUGAGCCUCCAACAUGUGUUCAGGGAUAAGGAGUGGCGUCGCCUCUUCCUGUCCCCGCUGCACCACGUGGACGACUGGCACCUCUACUUCAACAUGGUGUCCUUCAUCUGGAAAGGGAUGAGGCUGGAGGGGCGUCUGGGUGCAGCCUGGUUCCUCUACCUGCUGUCAGUCUUCUUCCUGCUCGACGGACUCGUCUACAUGCUGCUGCAGGCGGCGCUCACCAAACUCAUCGAGGACUCGAACCCGUUCGUGGCGUUCAGAGACGAGUGUGCUGUCGGCUUCUCAGGUGUCCUGUUUGCUCUGAAGGUGGUCAGUAACCAUUACAACCCAGGGGGUGUGACCUACGUGUUGCAUAUCCGUGUGACCAAUCGCUUUGCUAGCUGGGCGGAGCUAGUGCUCAUCUAUCUAAUUGCUCCCAGGUCUUCUUUGGUUGGCCACCUGGCUGGGAUCCUGGUGGGUCUGCUCUAUACUUGGGGACCACUGAAGACCAUCAUGAAGAAAUGUGCAGAGUUUGUAUCUUCAGAUAUAAAUGCUCCACGGCCAAGUGCAUUCUUCAGCUCCUCAGGCUACAGCGGGACUAGACAAGAAAACUCACAAGAUCCACAGCCUGCAGAAGAUCAUAUUGCCGAUGAUGCAUCUGAAUAUACAGAGUCUUAUAUCGCAGGACUGACGGAGGACGAGCAGAUAGAAAUGGCGAUCAGAAGAAGCCUGAAUAACAGAGUACGGAGCAGGCGGAGAGAAACGGAGCACCCCAUAGAGGAGGAGGUGAGUCCCGAGGAGCUCAGGUCGAGGAGAUUGAAGAGGUUUAAACAAGACGUUUCCAACCCGGGGAGGGGCAGGAGAAGAAGAUUGUAAUGACAGAAAGAGAAUUCACAAUAUCUUUUAUCAUCAGUUCCUUACUAGUCUCGCAUAGCCAGAACCUUCCUCCACAGCGCUGCGGAGGAAGGUUCUGGCUAGUCCACCAGCAGUUAACCAUAGUCAGAGAAAGGUUAUGGACAUCCAGCCGUAAUGAGGGACAUCCGGCGGAAUUUCCGGCACCACCUGAACAAUCCCGGAAAUGAGUUACCUACAGUACAUCCCAGCUGUUUGUUGUCAGGCGUUGUAGUGUACUGAACAUUUUUUAAACAUUUUAAUGCAGAAAUUCUUGAUACUAUAUCUUCAACACAUCUGGUUUGUGUGUCUGGGCCCUAUUUUAACGGUCUAAGCGCACGGCAUGAAGCGCCUGGCGCAGGUGCGUU